AUGGCAUCUAGUCAAAUUGGGAAGACAAUAAUAGAAACAGAUAAACAACAACUUAUUGAUGAAUCAUAUGUCAGUGAUGUCAAAGGUAUUAACCCAAAGUGUUCUUCUGUUGAAUCAUUAUUUACCAAUGAAUUACCUUCUGUUACAUGUGAUUUAAAGUUACUUUCAAAUGUAUCGAGUGCGAAACCUACCCAGAAAGGAGUAACUAAUUUACCAAAGGAGUAUGAGCUAAAAACUAAUGAAUCCGCUUGUUAUCUGGAAAAACAACUCGAAACUACAGAUUGUUUUAUAAAAGAUUUGGUAGCUGAAAGUAAAGAAGCCCAAAAAGAAAACCCUGAAGUGGAAGCACAACCUAUUAUACUAAAUAAAAAAGAUCAAAUCACUACUAGUCCUAUAAUUUUUUGUAAAGUAUCAUCCCUAAACGAAGAGAAGCAUCAGAAAGUGGAAAAGGAAAUCACUGAAUCUAAAAAAGUCUGUAAAGACACGCCAAAUAUUGUUACUUCAUAUGAGAAGGCUUUGAAUUUUGACCUUAGCCUCAAAGAACAAAAUUUUACCAAUACCAUGACGAACCAGGAAUCGCUAAUCGACGUCGAAAAUAGACUAAUACUUAAUGAGCUCAACAUAAAAGACGAUAAAAACAUUGAAAUCCGUUCAACCAUUAAAGAACAAUUUAAAAGUGACGAGUAUUUGAGCAACAAUGAAGCGCUAAAUAUCAAUUUGAAACAAGAAAGGCUUUCGUUGCACACGGAAUUAUCUGUCUAUGAUAUUGAGACGUUAGGUGACAAUAUUUCGACUUCAACGGAGUUAGACAUAGAUAAAAAAGACUAUUUUGUUACACAAGUCCGAUCCAGUGUUGCACCAAAAAUUUUAGUUGAAGAAAAUCAAUGGUUUCCAUCCAUUUCGGAAUAUCGUAGUCCAUUUUCAGUUAUAAAAGAUCAUACUGUGAAUUUUGAACUGCUGCUUCCGCAGACUGGCUGCUGUGCAGAAUGGUGCAAUACAAAACGAUCUCUUAAUAUACAACACUGUGAUUUUAAUGUUGGUUAUAUAAAUAAAUUAAUCGAAAACAAGAUAAAUAAUUACAACGGUUUUGUUGCAAGUGAAGAUUUUAAAACUUGCUUAAACAAUUCUAGCCAUACCAGCAUUACCGUUUGUGACACAGACUGGUUUUUAACAAAAUCUUUGAUUCAUGAUUAUUCAAAACCUAAUUCAAUGUCACAAAGUUCGAGUACCUCUACUGAAGAAGCCUUACUAAAACAAUGUAACAAUACUCCUGUCCUUAGUUUGGUAACGAUAAUGACAAAUUACCUUGUCAAUUCCGCUGUUAUUGAUAUUUUGAGCCCAGUUAUACCCAAAUUCUACAAAUAUUGUAACAGAAAAAGAAGAAUGAUUAAAACAGAUUCCACAUCCGAUAUGAAACAUAAAUUAGUAUUAAAGAAAUCAAAACUCAUAAAACCCAUGCAAAAUUGCCCUAUUUUUAAAAGCCGUGAUAUUGGCAAGAUAAAGCUGGAACAUGUUGAAUCAAUGUCUGAUAAAUCUGUUACUAUAAACUCGAAUAUUAUAGAGAACAAGCAACCUUUAAAAUGUUAUAUAAAUAAUACUCCAAUAUUUGAUAAGCAAAGUAUAGAAGAGUUUAUUCAUAAUGAGAAAAUGUUCUGUUCUAAAUUUGACGCCAGCAAUAGCGAUUAUGCUCACGAAAAUGAUCGUAAUAAGGAAUCGCAAAAGAAAUUAAAUAAAAUUGACAAAUCCAAACAAGGGUGCUAUGUUAAAAUGGAAUAUUUACCUCAAAGAAAAGAAAUAUCUUUAAAAUCUAAUAACGAUAGCGGCUUCAACCUUAAAAAAUACAACGAAGUUAAGGUAGAAAAGCCAACGCUUUUAAACUUAAAUGGGAAGUGCGCAAAUGAGACUUCUGAUUUACCUAAAAAAAAUAUAACUUUAUUAUAUAAACGGGAUGAUUCUGAUCUCAUAUUAGAGGGAUCCGUGUAUAGAGACCCUGUAAUUGGAACGUGUUAUUUAUUCCCCAUACAGGCAUCAAUAAAGAAUGAUAUUUCUGAAGUUAAAUCGAUUGAUAAAGAAAUUAAUGAGAGCAAUUUUAAUGUGUUGAAACCAAAAGUAACAUACAGUAAACAAGGAUUAAUUACAAAUCUAUAUUUGAAGACAAAAAGGAAUCUUAAACGGAAAAAUGACACAUUAGAUUACAAAUAUUCAAGAGUAAAGCGCUACCGAAAGGGAAAAAACAUCAAUGAUCCAAAAACUCACCCAUCUGCUAUCAACAAUUUUGCCUAUGUUAAGGAGUUUAGGGAAUUAUUUAAAUAUUGGGAAUCUAUAAAAUUUUCAUUCUCACGGCCAUUUCAUAAAGAAAAUUUGAACGUUUAUGAGUUACACAAAUCUUGGCCUGUUCCUUGUGUAUUAAAUUUAUAUACUGAUGCGUCUGAAGAUGAUAAUGCUGUAUUUAUUUAUCACGAUGAACCUCACUCUGAAAAUGACCCUCUGCGCCAAUCAUUAGCAGAAGAAAUAGCUUCUGAAGGUUUUGUAAACGAAUAUAAAUCAAUUGAGAUCAAUGAAACUAAUUUUAGUAUGGGUUUUGGUGAGAGGUCCGACAGAGUCAUUCAACAGUAUGGAGAUCAAAAUACUCUUCAAGAAACUUCGGCUGCGGCUCUGUCGGACGUAAAACCUCAGCCGUUUUCAGGAUCCGAGUAUUCUAAUAUUAAAUUAAUGAAUAGUGUGAAGUUUCAAACGCAUGAAGACGAUAUUGAAGUAACUAAUCGUUUUCUUAAUUAUAUAAAACAAAAAAACAAGGUACGAUCAUUUUUUAAACAAACUAAUGUUGAAUUAAAUCUUGAAUGGAUGUCAAGUAACAUCAAAGAAAAUGGUAAAGAGUGCAAGCAAUAUUCUGAUGGUUUAAAUCCCUUAGAGGUUCAUAAUUUUGAUUUUUUCACAGUACCUUCUAUUGAAACCAUUGUGCAAGUUGUUCAAGUUGGACAGUUACCUGUCAGCGCUGCAGCACAAAAUCCAGUUACUUGUGAUCCUCGGGUUACUCAAGUAACUGAUGCGAGUCCGCCUCAGUGUUCAGCUGAAAACAGCCCGCGAGACGGCUCGCAACCAUCUGUGAAAACUGAAUAUACUGAAUUAACUACUGCUGAUUUAAGUCUACCCCUAGUUAAAGAAUAUGAAAGGCAAAAUAAUCAGGCGAUAAGUUUUAUUUCUCAAGCCGAAAACAAUAAAUUAACGUUUUCAGACGAAAAUAUACCAAUAGAAAAAGAAGUCAAUUCCAUUGUGAAAAUUGAAAUUGCAGAGGAAAGUUUAGAGAAUGAAGAAGAAAUUGACAAUGAAGAUAGUGAACUUCAAGAGAUAAUUAGCCAACACACUAAUAACAGAGAGUUUUGUUUUACAAACAAUUCCAGUACGGUCACCGAAUCAGAUGUUUUAUCUUUUCAGAAUUUAAAUAACACCGAACCAUUCUUGCAAAAUGAGGAGCGCAAUGAAAAGACUGAUCAAAUUGCACAUGCUAUGUCUGCGGCAGGUAUAACAACAAGCUCUGAACAAUUGCUUAGAAAUGAAUCCCAAGCAAUAGAUAGUGCGAGAAGCGAGAAGAUAAAUGAAGAAACAUCGAGCAUUUCUUUGACUUCAAGUACUAAUUACUCUAAAUCAACUUCAAUUAAUGCUAUAUCUUUGCAACAAGCAUUAGCUCAAAUAUUACCUCCUCCAUUGAAUAGAACAAAUACUUCUGAUAAUAGCCAACCAACUUCCAAUCAAGUUCUUCAUUUAGUUCAAGGAAAAAAUUCUAAUUCAGUGAAUCAACUUACAUUAAUGGAUAAUACCCAACAAUCUGUCCUAAAUGCAUCCAAUUCCACACCGGUAUUGCAUUUAGUUCAAAAUAAAGGACAAGCUAAUAGUAAUAAUAACACGGGACAUCCGACGAAUUCAUUUAAUGGCUUACCUUUAGUGGAUAGCAACAAUAUACAACAAGGUAGCAGUCAACUUCUUCACAUUGUGAAUACCAGUGGUCAGAAAACAAAUAACACGGGCCAACUUCUUAAAAGAGUUAACCUUUUGACUAAUUUAAGCAAUGUCCAAAGUGGUAAUGAACAAAAAAUGGUUCAAUUUGUUUGUAAAUCAGCAGAUGGUAAAUCGAUACAGCUAAAUGCGCCUCAUCAAAGAAGUAUGGUUUUACGAAUUCAACCCAUCGAGUCGCCUAAUGUUCAAAGUACAAAGCCAGUAGAAAGCCAUAAUGAUGUAAAUUCGAAUGGAAAUGCAACAAACGUCAAUGAAAAUACGAGUAGCCAACAAGAAAUUAAGUCUAGAUCUGUUUAUGAAGAAAAUUAUGCUAAGUUCAUACAAAACUCCGGCAAAUCAACUGUAACUGAAAAGAGUACAAGUCUACCCAAGUUUAAUCAAGCCUUUGGAAAACAAGUAUUUCAAGAUGAAAACCAAAAAGUAUCUAAUACUGAAAAUCACUCACAUUUGGCUGCAGUUAAUUCUUCUAACGAAGUGCCGGAAUGUCAAAAUGAAAACUCGAUAAGCUUAGACCAGAUAGGGCAUUUAAGUAAUCCACCUUUAUUGCUACGGAAGGCCACCCCCCAAUCGACAACGCAAACGCAAUCAACUCAUAGCUUGGUCACGCAAUUGAAACAAACCAUUACGCCCAUGAACUUACAAACAAUGCACGGUGGUGUAAUUUACACGAGACAAAUCCCUGUAAAUAUCGGAGGUGGACAAACGAUUAACUUAAUUACAGUUCCUAGCACAGAGCUUUUAGAUGAUUCUAAUCAAAAACAGCAUAACAAUUCGUCUGAUGUUGAGCCUUCUAUUAUAAAAAUAGUGUCCCAAAAUUCAACUCCGAAUUCCGAAGUGACAUCAGAUGAAAGUAGGAGUCAAGCAACUAAUGAUACUUCUAAUCACCAACCCCAGCCUGUUUUAACACAGAUGCGAAUAAAAUUGCCGAUGCUAAGCAAACCAUCACAAAUGGUUUCAGGUGCAAGAGUGGUCCGCCCUUCUUUCUUCCAAAUUCAGCGUAAUGUCAUAGGAGGUGCAAACCAGCCUGUAUAUCAACAAUUAGUUUUAACGGCAGCUCCUCAACUAGGACAGCAAACAAUAAGACUACCUCAAUCUCAAACCAACAGGCUUAUUAAAAUUCCAGCUGAGAAUCAAACUACGUCAGAGUCACAAAUGAGUUCUUCCACCUUGGAACAACUUCGGGAAUUUGAUAUGGUCCUUGAACAAGUUAAAGAAAGAAGUACGGUUCAGCCCAACCAACCAAAUAGUAGUAACGCCUUUAAUAAGGUACACACACCUUCUACUGAAACAAAAGACGGUUCCUCACAUAGUACAUCUUCUACAGAGUCUACCCAUCAAGUUCUUUAUACUAUUGGCAAUAAUUCAUCUUUUAACGUUGCCUACGUUAAUCGCAAAGCUACAGCUAACCCGCCUACCGUGACUACGUAUGUAAGAUCGCCCGAUUCUUCGAAUGCUAACGACUCUCCUUCGUCAUCCACGCCGACUCAAGUAUCGCAUACUGUAACCACUGAAUCACAGCAAUCUAAUGAACUGUCGUCAUCGCAGACUCAACUCAAAGUUUCGAAGAUAAGUUCUAAAUCUAAAUCCAGACCUAAACCUACCCCGAAUCCAUCAAGUUCUGUUAAAAUUAAUACAGUUCCCCCUAAACCUUCAACUCAAAAGCCAUUUGAAGAUGAACAAACGACACAAAGGAUUCUAUAUAUUUUAGCAGAAUACAAAGAGCAAGUUGAAAAUUCACCUGAUAAAGAUAAACCGGCACCGCGACGACGAUCGAAUCCACCAUCGAACCCCGGUUCUUCAAAGAGGAAGAAAAGUUCAAGUAGUUCUCGUCGUCCAGGUACACGUGACAUGAGUCCUGUUCACGGAGAAGACACGUGUAGAACUAUGGGGUCAGAAGAUAGCAGCUGUGGUACUUCGCAGGGUGAUUGUAAUGAAAAUUGCCUUGAUAGUCAUUCUCCUCAGGACAGCCCUCGAAAAGUGGUUAGGAAACUGUCCUUUGAGCCAGAAACUCCUGUAGCGCAGCCGCGACCCCAACCACAACGUAAUGUUAUAGUAGCCGACGGCCAGACUAUUACUGUUGCACGUAAUAACACCGGUAAACCUACAACAGCAGUGUUAAUGCCAGCAAAUUACAUAUUACCUGUUUCAAUGGUUAAAAGUGGUCAGCAGAUUGCAAUUGUUACCAAUCGUGGACCUAAAAUACUUACUGUCGGUGGAGGAGAGGGGGGUGGAAAUACUGUUUUACUACAACGUCUUAUCGGGCCGGGAUUGAAGCCAGUGUUAACUAGGCCUGGAGUCCGCCACGUACGUUUACCUGCAGCCGCUCUUCAAAAUCUACAAGCCUUUACCCUCGGCUCUACGGCCGGUCAGCAGGCCGACGGCUCCGCUUCGGUCGUACAUCCUAAUCCACCAGAGUUAAUCGACACUAGGGCCACGUCUUCUCCAUGGGCGGAACGAGAAAGCCAAGAUCCAAAACCAGAGAAACAAUCGAGUCCGGGAAGUACAGAACCGUGGAAUCUGGCAUCUCAUGACUACUCGUACGAGGAAAUCGUGAGAUCCGACAACAUGGAUAGAACAGUUCUUGAAGCGAUCCCAGACAGAUACAGCCCCGAAAUGGAGGCGCAAAGGAUAUUUGAUAAGAUGUUCGACAUUGACUCCAAAAAGUCUUAUAUUUCUCAAGACGAUUCACCUCGGUGCGGUUACGAUAUCGAUGCGUCCGAUUGCGACGAUAAGCCAUUUCACCAGGUUGUACACAGAAAAGAUGGAACCACUCAACGUCACCAUAGGCUCUCCCACGUGUCUUCGGCUGCCUUGAGACACAGAUAUGCAAUACUGGAGCAUGAAUUGCGAUUACAGAAAUCCCUCUCUGAAGAAUGUGAGGAUUUGGGCGUGGAUUCUCCUUCAGCCUCGGAGUUGUUCCCUGAAGCUGAGCUGUUAUUUUCUUCCUCACCAGCUCACGAAGCGCCACACCAUUCGCAUACACCUCAACCAUUAAUAAACCAAGUUACGAUACCGCAACCAGACAUCGAUGACCAAAUUGCCACAGACCAGCUGAUUAGUCAAAACGACGUACCCGAUGAAGAGGAUCUCAACAUGGCGCUAGGUUUGGACAAUAUUGUCACCGUGAGUGCAGACGGGACAAUAACUUUGGACCCCCAAGAGUUCGCCAGAUCGCAUCCAAAUACAACAUUCCAUAAGGAACCUACAGAUGAAUCCGAGCUACAACCGUUUACGAUAGCCAACGUCAAAGGCCGGCACAUGACAUCAACAAUAUUCCACGCUUCCCGGGCUCCGGCCACAGUUCUAGUGACUGCACCACAAACUACAGUUAUCUCUCAAGCGGCGCCCGACGGUGGAAUUCACAACAACCUUAAAUAUUCUGACACGCCCACUAAUAGCCAACAGGGCAGCAUACCAUCCGUACUCGUCAAAGACAACAGUGUCUCGAAGUUCGACUCCAUGUUAAACCGAGAACUACACCUCUCUAACACCGCAUCUACUAUCAUACACUCCGGCGCCACCCAGGUCAUACGCCGAGUCUGCUAUGACGACGAUAAACACGACCCCAGGUUCUUAGAAACACAUGCAUUGAUAGGUGAGGACGCCAAAAUGGCGGAAGACUCUCGAGACGCAACUUUAGAAUCUAUGGCGGACGUUGACGACGAUCGAUCAUCUCCUGAACGAAACGAAAUGUUUUGGGAGUCAAAUUCAACAUCGGAACGCUCAGAGGGACGACGGCCCUUGGACUUUAGCAGUGACAGCGAUAAAUGCUGUAAAAGUCCGUUCGAGGAGACAAAUUCGACGGACUCCAGCGGCAUUGGCACUCAUAUAAUGAGGCUCGACUCCGUUAUCAAGGAUGCAAGGGGCAUAGAGCGCAGUGGCAGCGCCGACGGCUCUUCUGCGGAUGACACUCACCCGCCACUUCGGACCUACCCUCCCAAACGUUACCAUCCUCCGGAGGCUGAAGAGGAGAGGAGUACAUCGGGGAAGACCCGAGCCGGAGAGAGAUCCCCAGACAGUAUGGAAUCCAGACGGCGGGCGUCCAAUAGGGGUGUGGUCAAACGAGGCUGCCAUUGCUGUAACGGCUCUCCGGCGCCUUCCAAACCCAAAAAAUCGCGGCCAAGGAAACCGAACACGGAAUUUACGACUUAA